CGGGAAGAAGGCGUCGAAAAGUGCCAUUCGAUUUCUAUCGGUUGUGUGGUCCGCAAAGGCCGCAUUCUGUAGGGUAUUCAAACACAGCAACUUGCCGGCAAGCAUCCAACUCCUCGCGCUGCAACACAUCCCUCAAAUACUUAAUUCUGUCACGACAACUGUAUGGACCUGCCUUGUUGUCUAAGACACUGGCGCAUUCCUCACGAUGAAAACAACGUACGGGAUCAAAAGCAGAAAAAUCAUCGUCGUCAACGCUGUGGGGAUCAUCGUCGUCGUCAUCAAAGCCAUCAUCAUCACCGUAAACAUCAAAACCUUCGUGCGGAUCGAAAUCGAAAGAGUCGGCAUCGUCGUCAACAUAGAGAUCAAGACCAGCGUCACCGUAAUCGUUAACUUCAACUUUGUCAACUGCGUCAUCACCUCCCACAAUUUGUUCAGAUUCAUCUUCAUUGCCAAGUACGGGAUUGGUAACUGGAGGACGAGUCGAUGCAUACCACAAAGAAUUACUCUUGGAAUGCCCGUUUCCACCAGCAUGUUUGUACGCACUUCCAGGAAUUUGCAAAAUCCCGUCGAUCGCUUCUUGGACGCGACCAAUUGUAGCCUGAAUGGCAUGUAGCUGAACGGACCAUCCCUCAGAGACACAAGCCGCAUCGCAAGAUUCCAUGAGUGGUUGAACUAUCUCCCUUGCCCAUUGGACACUAUCUCUAGCCUCAGAAAUCGCUGUGAGGGGCAUUAGCUGGAUACCAUAAAUUAGGUAAGGAGCAUUUCCGAACCAGGUAGUGAAUUCGGCAAAUGUUUCCCAAAAAAUACCAACGACGCUUGCUCCGUAACUUUCUGAAAUCCGUGAUUUCUGCUGAACUUGGUAGUAAUGCUGCGUGGACCGUAUUUCUGUAGCGGUCAGAGUCAAUCCAAUUUUGUGCAUCAUAUUUGCAGUGUGCGCCUGUUCGGUAUCUCCUGCAUGAUGGAAAAUGGUAGCCAUUGUUUUUCCAAAGAGUGCAAUGGCUUCGUAUGCCAUGACAGCUUCACUCGAAGAUUCUUGAUUCAUGAUAUUGCCAAACAUUGGUUCAGUUAGUCCACUUGCCCAGGAAUGACCUCUGUACCAAUCCUUGUUUCUGAAAACCGGGAAUGCCGUAUCUUCCUCUGAUGCGUUUGCGUAAUCUCGCACUAACAAGGUGACAUCUUCAUAGUGAUCAAUAGCCCAAGAAGAAUCAAAAUGAGCCAAGACUGCAGCAGCAUAAACGUGAUAUCCAUAAUGAAAGUGGUGAUCGUUGUAAAACCCAUUCCCGAAAUUCAAGCCUUGAUCCGUGAAAGCAGGACAAUCAGGGAAUUGGUUAACACAUUUUUCGUUUUGAUAUAUACACCCACAACUGAUAAGUCCACCCCAAGCAUUGUCGUAUACAAACGGCGUUUCCGAGUUGGUCUUGACCCAAACAGUGACUCCUGCGCGCAACUGGUUCAAGGCAUUUUCAUCUUCUUCGUCACUUGGUAAAACCAAGCCAUCGCAUGCAUCCCAAUAUUGACUAUUUCGAAAUUGAAGUGCAGAUGUACACAUCAUCUUUAUCUCUUCGUUAAUCAAAAGAAUCCGAGCUAACUUUGCAAAGGUUUUUCCAGAGAAAUAUGUGUCUCCCGCUCCCGAAAAAAAGUUGGAUGGAACUUGAUAACGAAUAUCUUCCAAGAGUGCUUCUGCCAGCAAAGGAACAUAUUUUGGUUCUGGAUAGCGUUCUGCUUGGAAAGAAACCCCUGGAAGUUCUUCGUACAUGUUCCAAACAUUGCCCUCCACCAAACAGAUGGGUCCCAGCAGAGAAGAAGUGCAAAGAGUUUGGAAUACAUUGCCCUGCAAGACUUCUAGGUGAUGAGGCAAGGCAAACAUGAUCAUUUCACCAUAAGUGUCUCUGAUGUCUGUUGACUCUUCACCGACAACAACACUAUUUUCGAGACGCAUCUUUCGAGGAUCCCAGUUAAACGAUAUUCUAGCUUUUCUCUUGUGCUUGUGGAAAGAAUGUGUGACGGCGGUUUGAUCUCCUGGAUAGACAUUCGCCGAGGCUCGUAGUUGGUUGGCAUACAUGUCGCUGAAGGCUUCGGCGUCACUGGCUGGGUUAGAACUUUCGAUGACCACUGCUCCACGAAUGACCAACGUAUGAUCAUCAUAGAAAUCUUGACCUUUCAAAACCUGAAGGAUUGUAGGGCUUCCCUGCGAGUUCUUACAUUGUAGUUGAACUGGUUUUGAGAAGAAAAUCAACCAGCGCUGCCCGCUGUUCAGAAAGGCAAGCUCAAUAUCUCGUUGGACCGUGAACACCGGUUCCGAUUCACAAUUCACCUUUCGAUUUCCGUCUACAAUGGGUAGUUCUGAAGUAUCCAACCUCCAAUGCAUGGUUGGCAAAAAUCCCUGGGUCGUAGCGUGAUCCACCAUGUUAUAGAUCAUAGUGACAUACGGAGAUCCGCGAACCAAAGUAGUUUUCAUGAACGAAUUCCAUUGCAGCGUGAGUCCCAAGUCAUUUGCUUCGUGAACCGAAUAUCCCUUAUCUAAUUCGGUGGUCAUCAAAUCGUUAUUGACGUCGCUCAUGGCUCCGAGGGUCAAAGCGUAUGGUUCAUCGGUAGCGAUUCGCAUCUGUGUUGGUGUCGCCUCGAAACGGGUCGCAUGAAGACGUAUACCGGCAAAAUCCCCUGCGGCAUCAAGUACAUACGGGACGGUGUACACACGAUGAGCUGCUGUUGGUUCCUCGUUAACGUCCAAUCGCAACAUGUUUUGGUACCAUGCAUUCGUCGGAACAGCCCUCUUCAAAUGACUGAGACGGGCGCUAGGAGAAGAACUGGAAGGUCGAUCGAAUCCAAAACGAUCCAAAUCCUCUGUCGGGUCAAAAGUGGAGAACGGUGGGAUGAUGACAUCGUCAUUAGCAAAGGCGUUUUUGCUAUUACUAAGGUGAACAAAGCCAAGAUUACCUGCUCCACCGCCUUCACCACGGAUUGGAAAUCUCGAACCGACACCAUUUUUUCUCAUCUCGUUUGUACUAGAUAUCGUAGAGGACUCACUCGUCCUCUUUGUUACCAGGAGUGUGAAAAAGGCUACAAUCAGCGUGAGACCAAUGAUGAGAUACAACACAAGGAGUCUCUCUCUGCGACGAAUGGAAUCCAGUACACAAUAAUUAUAGGAGCAACCC